CUUUGAUGUCAUACACUGACCAUUCUGUGCAGCGCCGCUUAAAGUCAAAAGCGCCUAAUGAGUCUGCGCAGUGAACACACAUCUGUACAUCUGCCAUUCAGACAUGAUGACACACACCACCAUUUCAUUAUCAUCAAGAUGGUGGAGAAAAUGUGAUUACAUCAGGGCACCAACUACUCAGUGCAUGAACAUCUUGUUUUAACCACAGACACAAAAGUUAUACCACAAUUCAUGCACAAUCAUGUCAACCAGAUACUGAGAGACACAGUGCAUCAUCGUGUCAUGUGUGCUGGGAUGCAGUAUUUUGCAGAAAGAAAGAAAAGAAAGUGACCCAUACUUGGAAUUUGUGCUCUGCAUUUAACCCAUCCAAAGUGCACACACACAGCAGUGAACACACACACACACACCGUGAACACACACUCGGAGCAGUGUUUUAUGCUGCCAUUUAACCCGCAGCCUUCAAAUGUGUCCUGUAGAGUUACAAGUAGGCCUAAGCAUUUCACUUCAGAUUUUUUUGUUAUAGGCCUAUUUCAUCUUUUGUUAUAUUUUUUUAUACUGUCAUCAUUUGUAAAGUAGAUAUAUAUUUACUCUCCUUUACCUUUACCAAAUUUACCUGUAUUUACUUUCUUUUCAUAUUUGGCGACUUUUUUUGAAAAAAUGGAGACUUUUGAGGGUGGUUCUAGAGAUUUUCUGAGGGAAGGGUUUGGCAACACUGAUAGCUCUCCAUUCACUCUAGUCUAGUCUCUUGCCAAGUUCGCUUGUGCCAGCUCUCGCUAGUCUGUUAUCAAUCUCGAUUUACAUAGGCCUUUACUACAAAACCCCAACAGUCUUUUUAAAGACUAAACCCACAAACAUUCUUGUUAAAGAUUAGAUCAAAUCUCAGCCCUAGCCAGUAAUUUUUUUUUAACUGCUACACUUAGCUAAAACUACCCACGCGACUAAGACACACACACACACACACACACACACACACACUACAAUCGUUAAGUAUUCAAAUAAAAUCUGAAUUGUCUGCAAAAUAAUUAUUUUUUUUGUUUAAUUAAAGAUCAUGCCUAAGUCCCGAUUGAUUAGACCCUGAUACGUCUCUCAACAUAGCCACACACACAGUUACAUAUUGCCUAAACUUUAUUGAAAACACACAACAAAAAUGGAGAAAUUUCUUGUGAGGACCAACAAGCCAACCGACGCACCACCAGCUGCAAAAAAGCUUCGAAGGUACGAUGAAGCAUACCUGCAGUUUGGGUUUACAGUCACGGCUGAUCUGAGACCUCAGUGUGUCGUGUGUGCCGAGGUGCUGGCAAACGACAGUAUGAAGCCCUGCAAAUUAAAAAGGCACCUCGAAACAAAGCAUGCUGGCAUUAAAAAUAAACCAGCUGAAUAUUUUAAAAGAAAGCUUGAUGGCCUCCAUCAGCAACAGGCAACCAUUUCAGUGCACAGCACUGUGUCUAAACAGUGUUUGGAGGCAUCGUAUAGUGGCCAAAAGAAUUGGUAAACUGGGUAAACCGCAUACAAUCGCCGAGACUCUCAUUUUGCCGGCAGCGCAAGACAUGUGCAGAAUAAUGAUAGGCGAUAGUGCAGCAGCCAAACUCGGUGCAGUACCACUGUCCAAUGACACAGUCGCUAGGAGAAUUGUAGACAUGUCCAAUGAUAUCAGAAAGCAACUGAUAGAGUUUGUAAAAAAGAGUCCUUACUACGCGCUGCAGCUGGACGAAUCCACUGAUAUUGCUGGGCAGGCACAGCUCCUCACCUAUGUCAGGUAUCUGCGGGACAAGGUGAUUGAGGAGGAUGUCCUGUUUUGCCGGCCUCUUCAGUCGCACACUACAGGAGAAGCCAUUUUCAAUGUCCUUGAAAUUUUUAUCCGUGAAAAUGGUUUAGCUUGGGACCGAUGCGUUGGCCUAUGCACGGAUGGUGCGCAGGCAAUGACAGGGCGUGAGCGUGGCCUAGCUGCUCGCGUUCAGCAAGUAGCUCCACUUGUGAAAUGGACACAUUCCAUGGUCCAUCGCGAAGCACUAGCUGCUAAAAAAAUGCCGGUUCUUUUUGACUCCGUGCUGAACCAAUCAGUGAAAAUGAUAAAUCUCAUCAAAUCACGGCCGCUAAACUCUCGCUUGUUUGGGGUCCUCUGCCAGGAGAUGGGGUCAGGGCACGAACAGCUGCUUCUGCACACUGAAGUUCGCUGGCUCUCCAGGGGGCGGGUGUUACAGCGGUUGUAUGAGCUGCGAGAGGAGGUGAAGUGGUUUUUGACAGAAAUCAGAUCAGAUCUGGUGAAGCAUCUGGAUGACACUAUGUGGCUUGCGUCUCUGUCCUAUUUGGUCGAUAUAUUUGACCGCUUGAACGGCCUCAACCUGUCUUUGCAAGGCCGCGAAACUCAUAUUUUGCUCCUUGCAGACAAAGUGCACGCCUUCACACAAAAACUAGACCUCUGGCAUGGCCGAGGGAACUGCGACAUGUUCCCCAGCCUUGCAGACUUUAUCGCUGAUGCAGGCACGUCACACGAUUUCUCCUCCCUAUUUCAAUCAGCGUCUGAGCACCUGUCAGCAAUGAGUAAACAGUUUGCGACGUACUUUAAAGAGGAUUAUCGCUCUUUUGCAUGGGUUCGAGAUCCGUUUGUGUGCACAGCAAACGAGCUAUCAAUUGAUAUGCAGGAACAGCUUAUUGAGCUGAAGAGUGACAGUAGACUGAAGGAACUCUUUAGCUCCUGCCCUCUUUCGUCAUUCUGGGCAGCAUUGAUGCAGGAAUAUCCUGAACUCUGUGACGUCGCCUUGAAGAUUCUCCUUCCUUUCGCGUCAACAUAUUUGUGUGAGGCAGGAUUCUCAAAAAUGACUGCACUCAAAACGAAAUACCGCAAUCAUGCACAAAUCGAGGAUGAUUUGAGGCUAUGUUUAUCAAACAUUGAGCCAAGAAUUGAGGAUCUUUCCAAGGCAAAGCAGGCUCAGGUCUCACAUUAACAUCACCUACCUGCAAGCUUCUUUUUAUAUUUUUAUAGCUCGACCUAGUAAUUUGACUGCAAGGGCCCAGACCUGGUCUAAUUACAAACACAAUAAUACAGUGAAAUA